UUCCUUCGCACUCAGACUCAAGACUCCAAUGAUCUGAAUUUUCUCUCUCUACCUCCUGUUUUUCUUGGGAUGGGUUUCUCCAUAACAGCUGCUGCUUCUUCUUCUCCAUGGCUUCCGAAAACCUGCCCUCCGAGAUUCUCCAAGUACCGAAACUGUUUUCCCCCAGCCGCAUCACCACCACCGUGUUUCCGUGUGCUGUGUUGCAGCGGAUCACAUUAUGCAGUCACCGACCUCAAAUUCGCCUUGCACGAUGCUCUCGAUUCCACUGGAAUCAAUACUUCUCACGCCAGAGAGGCUAGACAGGCCUUUAUUUCACAAAUAGAAAACUUAUCUGAAAUUGAGAGGGAAACCAGCAUUUGUAUAAAUAGACGUGUUGAUUUGGGGAGAACAGCUCUUUACAUAGCAGCAGAGGAUGAUUCUCUCAUUUCGCAUUCUUCUGUUCCUCUGCCUGUGGAUGCCUUUCUUGAAAGAUUGGGUGAUCUUUCCAUUGGCUAUUGUUCUCACUAUAACUCCUUGUGUAGGGCAUCACAUGAAAAUUUCUUGGACAGCAUAGAGAGAUAUCUAUACAUCAAAAAGGGCUUCCGAAGAAAUAGUUCCAAGAAUCAAUUGGACCGAGCCCUAUAUCUUCAUUCGGUCUUGACACACCGUUCUGGCUCUGCUGUUAUGCUUUCACUUAUAUAUUCAGAAAUACUGAAAAUGCUGCGCAUAUGGGGCCUUUUGGAUUUUGAUGUGGAGAUAUUCUUCCCUCACAGCCUUCAUGGUCUUCCAGGAGCCUAUGAUAAGCAAAAAAGUAGAGUCUCCGAUCAACCACAUAUAAUGACAACACAGAGGCUACUGGAGGAGAUUUUAAAAAACCAGAAGGAUGCUUUCUGGCCAUUUCAACAUGAUCAUAGUGAGAGUUUAUUCUUAAGGGCAGCAAUAGCUGCAAACUUAAUUGAUGGAUCAAAUGGUGUUGAAGAAAGUGGCUAUCAGCUUGCAUCUGCAAAGUUUGCUCAACAUAGGUUGGGAUGUGGUGUUUGGACCAUUGUGCGUUUUGGUGAUAUGAGACGUGCUUUAUCUGCAUGUGAACACCUUAUACUACUAGAAACUGAUCCAAAGGAAUUAAGAGAUUACAGCAUUCUCCUCUAUCAUUGUGGAUUAUAUGAGCAGUCACUGCAAUAUCUCAAGUUAUAUCAAGAAACAAAGAGCUCUUCAUUGCAAAAGCAAUCACUGGAUUCAGUCAGCAGCCUGGAAGAAGAUGUUGUGCAGAAAUUGAUGGUACGCCUCAACCUCAUUGCAAUGGAGGAUGGUUGGAGCAAACCAUCACGUGUCAGAAAUUUUCUUGGUACCAACUCUGAACCAUGGUAAAAACAUAUACGCUACAAAGUCUGGUACCAUUGUAAAGGCAGAGUUGAAUUUUGGUUUCUGUGAAUUGGAAAUUCUAAGAGCAGUAGUUUCUUGAAUUCAACUAUGCUUCUUGCGGUGUCUGUUGAAACCAAAAAAUAUUCCCAAAGCUGGGUUAGUUUCAAAAUGAGCGUGCAAAGCCUGAGUCAGAUGAAGGCAAUGCAGGUAUAGCACUGCACUUGAAGUUUUUAAACACCAAUUCCUUAUAAUGUACAGCACAAAGGUUAGAUUGUCAUUCAAGUAAAAUAUUUUUGUAAAUUACUGUAUCUGAUGUUAAAUUAGAAAUGUGAAGUUAAUUUUCACGGCCUUUAUAUUCAAGU